AUGCUGUCGUUUUACCAGGACGGCCGCCACGGCGCAGCAUCACUAUCUCGACAUCAAACAGUAUCAGCCGUUCUCAAUCCUGCGAGUAGUCGACCAUCUCUAUCAGCUGUCUCUGCGGUGCAACGUCCUGUUGAUGACACUCAAAGGUCCAAGAGGCCGACUGCUCGGCACCCACCCGGCCGAAAACGAGACUCGGGGCACAUCAUACGUGUUUUCCACCGGGAGAUCAAGCCUAAGCCGAUAGAUGCGACAUUCUCCUUAGCCAGGUUGAAGGCUAUGGAUGAGACUCCGAAAAUAAGGCGACACAACCACAAAGUGUCAGAGAAGGCCCGGCGGGAUCAUAUGAAGGAUGCGCUGAGCAAAUUAGCACUGCUUCUUUCGACCCCCUGCUGCAAAAACAAACGUAACCUUGGCGACGCUCAAGAAGGGAUGGACGGCGUGGCAACAUAUACGAACCCCAGCCCUACGAGUAAGGUCGACAUAAUCGAGUCCGCCAUACAAUACAUAUCAUGUUCACAGCGUCACCUUCAUAAUAUACAGAGCGAAAUGACAGGCAUCGAGGGCAGAUUGUGA